AUAUAAUAUUCAUUUGUAUGCAAUAUUGUCGUCAAAUAAAAUAUAAGUAAUUGAGGACAAAACUUAAAUUGAGGGUGAAUUAACUGAUUGAGAGUAAAGAAGUUGGCUUAGAAGUGAGAUAUCAGCAUAGGGAAGUAUUGAGAAUAAAGUGUAUGUGUGAUGUACAUAUAGCCCCGAUAAAGUUGUGCGAACGAACAAUAAUAAGAAGCGGUUAAUCAGUAAUCAAUGAAUAAGCACCUCCCAUACACGUACCCAAAGCCUUACGAGAUUAUAAGAUCGUGUAAAGAAGUGUAAUACUAAUUUCGUUCAUGCAGUGUAAAGAAAAUAUUACGUGUUAGAAUCCGCCCUUUAUCACUAUAAAAGAUGGCUCCGUCGUGUUUCGAAGUGAUCCUCAUCGGUUUCAUUCUUAUAUUACCAUUCUUAUACGAAAUGAGCAGGACCUUUCGAUAUUAUUUCAAAUUUUUUCUCUACUAUGGAUAUUUGAUGUUAAGUUCAAUCGUUUUUCUCCCAAUCAUGAUGUUUCGACCGCGGAAUGUAAAAAACUUUGUAUUAGCAUCAUCCGUGUGUUCUUGUUUUACUAACUUCUUGGGAGUACGUUGGGAAUUGAGGGGAAAAGAACAUUUAGAACAAGAAAGAGCAUGUAUAAUAGUAGCAAAUCAUCAAAGUUCUUUAGAUGUAAUGGGAAUGUUCCAAAUAUGGCCAAUAAUGGAAAAGUGUACAGUUGUAGGAAAAAAAGAGAUUUUUUAUGCAUGGCCAUUUGGUUUAGCUGCUUGGUUUUGUGGAUUGAUAUUUAUAGAUAGAAUGAAUUCAGAGAAAGCUCGUUCAGUUAUUAAUACUGCCACAAAUCAUAUUAAAGCUAAAAAGAUUAAAUUAUGGAUAUUCCCUGAAGGCACUAGACGUAAUACUGGUAAAAUUCAUCCAUUUAAAAAGGGUGCUUUUCAUGUUGCAAUUAACUCUCAAUUACCCAUAUUACCAGUUGUAUUUUCCUCUUAUUAUUUUUUGUCCUCUGAAGAAAAGAGAUUUGACUCUGGUCAGGUUAUUAUAACAUCAUUACCUCCAAUAUCUACAGAGGGAUUAAAGACAGAUGAUGUUGAACAUUUAAUGCAAAAAACACGAAAUAUUAUGAUGGAAGUUUUUCAUGCAACUAGUCAUGAAGUACAAUUUUCAAGUACUUCAGUUACUUCCUAA